AGCCAUAACACCAUAGGAGAAAAUUAGCAAUUUUUUGUGUAGUAAAGCAAGACGCACAGCCCGAACUAAAUUGGCUCCCCAACUCUCAUUCGACUGAAAAUGUCUAAACUACAGUCGUUUCGUGUGUUUUUAAAUGAGCGCUUAACGGAGGCUGCUGUGGAGAUUUUCGGUGCAGUUGAGAAAGCGGUAGUGGAGUACCAGGAGGAGAAUGAUCGGCUACGGAGAAUGCUGCGAAUCACACCGGAGAUAAAACUAUGUGGAAUAGGCUCCCUGCAGCUCUCUCUUGCUGUCGCUGAAGAGGCGGUUCCCCCUGAGCAGCAGCACUGUGAGCAGGAGUGGAGCCACAGUCUGGGGCAGGAGGACCCAGGGCACACACAGAUUAAAGAGGAACAGGAGGAACUCUGGACCAGUCAGGAGGAAGAACAGCUUCAAGGGCUGGAGCCUGAUAUCAUAGAGUUCAAAUUUACUCCUUCCUGUGUGAAAAGUGAAUGUGAUCAGGAGGUCUCACUUCAGUCGUUAACUCUUCCCCUAACCCAGACUAUGGAGAACCGAGAGCGUGACUCUACACCAGUGGAUCUCAAACCUUGUGGCACUGUUACCAACCUGAAGGGUCUUGACAUUCCUUGUGACCGUCCAAGUGAUCAAAACAAUGCCUCCGGCCACAGCUCAGCGGUAAGCAGCCACCCAGUAGGACUUUACAGCAGCCCGCCAAUGGAUGCCAACGCACCAUUGGGGGAACGCCGUUCUAAACCCAGCACCACAUCUAUACAUAUUCACUGCUGCCAUGACUGUGGUGAAACAUUUGCUCUGAAAGCUGACCUGCAGAGGCAUUUGACUCACCCCAAGAAGAGUGAAUGCCGCUUAUGCAAAAAACAUUACAACUCCACCUGUAAACUGAAGACCCAUGUUCGACUCUGUCAGGGUGGGAAACCCUGCCUUGUUUGUGGCGAGACCUUCAGAUACAAAGGAGAUCUGUCCAGGCACAUGAAGACUCACAAAGGAGAGAAACCAUUCAGCUGUAGUGACUGUGGGAAAAGUUUCAAUCGCAAAGAGUACCUAACCGAACAUAUACGGACUCACACAGGAGAGAAACCAUUUAGCUGUGGCGUCUGUGGGAAAACCUUCAGUCAAAGGGGAGCCCUGGGGAGGCAUAUAAGGACUCACACAGGAGAGAAACCGUUUAGCUGUGGCGACUGUGGGAAAAGAUUCCGGCAGAAGGGUGACCUAGGGAAGCAUAUGUUGACGCACACAGGAGAGAAAAUAUUUAGCUGUGGUGACUGUGGGAAAUGUUUCAGUCGCAAUCAUACUACCUGAUCAGUUACGGACUCAUACAGAGGGGAGCAGUCGUCACAGCUAAACGGUUUAAGGGUGGAGGCAUAUAUUGACUCACACAGGUGAUAAGCACACGGUUGCUCAGUUUGUGGGUGAACAUUCAUUCGUAAAGCUCAUCUGCUGAAACACGUGAAUCACGUCCACGAAGAAAGAAAUCAGGACAAAAGCGGAAAGAAAGAAAAUUAGGACAUAACGUCUUUUGUCAGAUGGGAGUAAAAGUUCAAGUUUUUAAGUUUUUGUCAUGUGCACAGGAUAAGAAAAAA